ACUCAAAUAUGGCAAAACCUAUAAAAACCAGAUGUCUCUGUCUAUUGCCAUAUCAUCAUUGUGAUUUGUGCCGUCGACCUCUCCGAAAAUAUAACCAUUUUCUUUUUUUGGAGUCUUUCUUUACAACAACUAUAUUCCCACUUUCUUUCCAUCAUCAUUCUUUUAUACACAAAUUCGAGAGAAAAAAAAAAAUUCUAUAUACAAAGACAGAAUUACAUAUGAUAUGAGCUUGUAGUAACAGAAUCUCGUAAAAAUGGCGCCGGAGCCUCUCCGCAAUGAUCCUUUUCCUGAAAUUCGCCGUGCAGAUGAUGCUGGUGCUGCUUUUGUUUUAGAAUCCAAAGGGGAAUGGUGGCAUGCAGGAUUUCAUUUGACGACGGCGAUAGUAGGUCCAACGGUACUAACAUUGCCGUAUGCAUUCAGAGGGCUAGGAUGGGGAUUGGGUUUCUUGUGUUUAACUGUGAUGGGAUUGGUCACUUUUUACUCUUACUAUCUCAUGUCAUUGGUUCUUGAUCACUGUGAGAAGUCCGGUCGACGCCAUAUCCGAUUCAGAGAACUUGCUGCUGACGUUUUAGGCUCUGGGUGGAUGUUUUAUUUUGUGGUACUCAUUCAGACAGCAGUCAACACUGGCAUUAGCAUAGGAGCAAUUCUGCUUGCCGGAGAAUGCAUUCAGAUCAUGUACUCCGAACUUUCUCCACACGGGCCACUGAAAUUGUAUCACUUCAUUGCAAUGGUUACAGUAGUAAUGAUAUUUCUCUCUCAAUUUCCAUCCUUCCACUCCCUGAGGCACAUCAACUUGGUGUCAUUGUUUCUUAGCUUGGGCUACACUUUCCUAGUUGUUGGCGCGUGUAUUAAUGCCGGUAAAUCAAAAAAUGCACCUCCGAGAGAUUACUCCUUAGAAGCCUCACAACUAUCACGGGUAUUUAGCGCUUCCACUUCUAUCUCCAUUAUUGCAGCUAUAUUUGGGAAUGGAAUACUACCCGAAAUACAGGCGACUCUUGCUCCGCCAGCGACAGGAAAGAUGUUGAAAGGCCUUAUGUUGUGCUACUCUGUAAUUUUGGUUACUUUCUACUCUGCUGCUGUUUCUGGAUACUGGGUGUUUGGAAACAAAGCCAAUUCAAACAUUCUCAAGAGUUUAAUGCCAGAUGAAGGACCUUCCUUGGCACCGACAUGGGUAUUAGGUCUUGCAGUCGUCUUUAUUCUUCUUCAGCUCUUUGCCAUUGGUUUGGUAUAUUCUCAAGUUGCUUAUGAAAUCAUGGAAAAGAAGUCGGCUGAUGCAAACAAGGCUGUCUUCUCUCCUCGAAACCUAAUCCCGAGGAUAAUCCUCAGAACGCUGUACAUGGCCCUUUGCGGAUUCUUUGCAGCUAUGUUGCCAUUCUUUGGUGACAUUAACGGCGUUGUAGGAGCCAUUGGUUUUAUACCUCUUGAUUUUGUUCUCCCAAUGCUACUUUACAACAUGACUUUCAAACCAAAGAAGUCAUCUGUUACCUUUUGGAUAAAUACUUCUAUAAUGGUUGUGUUCUCUGGUGCUGGACUUCUAGGAUCCUUUUCUUCUAUAAGGAAGUUGGUUCUAGAUGCCAAUAAAUUUAAGCUUUUUAGUAGUGACAUUGUUGAUUAACCUCUUUGUUUAGAUGAUAACUGUAUACUAAUUUUCUUACAUCUAUGUAUGGAAGUUGUAUAUCUAUCGAGAUUCGGGAAUCUGAAUUUCAACAAGUAGCUGUCUAGUCUUUGCAUAACCAGAAUUGUUCUAAAAAAAAGGGCAGCCGGAUGCAAUAAGCUCCUGCUAUGCGCGGGGCCGGAGAAGAGGCGGACCAGAAGGGUCUAUUGUAUGCAGUCUUACCCUGAAUUUCUGCAAGAGGCUAUUUCCAUGGCUCGAACCGUGACUUCAUGGUCACAUGGCAGGUAGACAAAUUUGAAGGUGUCUACUGACUUAGAGAUUUUCAUGUUCUCUCUUCAUGUGACAUUGAUGCACUGUUUAUUGCUCAGUAUAUAUGAAGCCUUUUUUCUUUAAUUA